AUGGAGCGUUGGAGUGACAAAGUCGCGGUGGUAACGGGCGCUAGUUCCGGCAUCGGCGAAGCACUCACAUUGCGUCUCGCUAACCUGGGUCUUGUAGUCGUCGGUUUGGCGAGAAGAGUAGAGAUGGUUGAAAAAUUAGUAUCGCAAGUGGUCGGCAAAGGGUCACUUUACGCUAGAAAAUGUGAUAUUUCCAAUACUGAAGAUAUUGAAGCCACUUUUCAAUGGAUAGAAGAAAAAUUUGGAGGCAUCGAUAUACUUAUUAACAACGCAGGAACUCUCAACAAAGGGGGUAUUUUUGACGUAGGCGGUCUUAGUGACGAAGCAAUACUAUCAACGAUUAAUGUUAACUUCUGCGGCCUAGUGAUGUGCUCACGAAAAGCUAUCGCAUCUAUGACUAAAAGGAAUUUUGAUGGACACAUUGUUAAUAUUAACAGCAUCGCAGGACAUUAUAUUCCCUUCAGUCUAUUUUUCAACGUGUACCCGGCGACCAAGCAUGCAGUCACAGCUUUUACCGCCACAUUGUUAAACGAGCUGGCUACUGUCAAGAGUAAAAUUAAAGUUACAAGUGUGUCUCCUGGAUUAGUGAAAACGCAACUGGUGACGGAUGACGUGGGCAGUGAGGUGCCGAUCUUGCAACCAGAUGACGUCGUCGACGCUAUCGUUUUCAUACUGUCCACACCCCCUAAUGUGAAUAUUAGCGAAUUGAGUAUUCAACCAACAUCUGAGAUAAAACUA